AUGUCUGAGCAUGGCGCAAGGCCCUCAAGUCCAGCCAAGGUUGCCCUUGAAGCAUGGUCGCAGGGCUGUAUGAUCGGGGCCUUGAUUAUUAUGAUUGGCAUUACCUUUGUCAAUAUGCGCCGUGGUGUUCUCCUGCACAAACUCAUUCUGAUUGAGCUUCUCUUGGCCAUGCCCAAUGGCUUCUUUACCUUUUUCGAUCCGCCAACGUGGGGAUGGUACCUUUCCUCAACAGUUAUCUUCCUCGCCAUCUCAUGGAAUCUACACAACGUCAUCGCUUGGCUCAAGAACAAACCAUUUCUUUCGAAACGAUAUAACACCAUAUAUAUUGGUACUAUUAUCUUAGUCCAGCCCUACUGGGUUCUGGAGAUCUAUGCCAACUUCACCUAUUUUAACCCCCCUUAUUCUCGUCUAUUUGUCUCAACUCGACCUCUUGAGGCUGUCUGUCGUGACCCGUGGUGGAUAUUCACCGCUCUCAACCUGUUCUGGAACAUCAAAUACCGGUACGAGUUCAAACCUCUCGAAAUCGUCCGCGUAUCUCCUCGAUUCGGUCUCUUGCUUCUGAGCAUGACCCUUAGUAUUAUCUUUAUCACUGUGGAUCUCUUUUCUGUUACGCCUGUGAUUCCCAUCGGCUACAUCAACCCGUUUUGGAAAUUCGCCUUCAUAUUUAAAUGCUUUACCGAUACCAUCGUUCUCGACGACUUCAAAACUGCAUUGGAUAAGCUGAGUCGGUAUAAGAUGGAGCAGAACUAUCCAUUGCCAUUCAGCAGACCGAGAAGUCACAUAGAAGCACAGCCCCCAGGGUCAAGCCUUGUCCACUUUGACGUUAUUUGCCCGGUCGAAAGCUCGAGGUUAGUGACAGUGGAACAUCUGGAGAAGGCAGACAACAGUCCGGUCUCUUGCCCACCAAGGGUAGUUAGAGCCUCAGAUACAGGGCUUGUAGAUAGAGUGUAG